GGGAGGACAUAACGCAAGUAAGGAUGUGGGAAGACUGGAACAGAGAACACUCAACUGUACUAGGGGAGGAUUUUCAUGGCACGUGUACAGCCGUGUGCAUGAAAUGAAUAAGACGUUGUCCACGAGGCAUUCUUUUGUGGAAUACAACUACGCUGAGUGGUGGCAGGUUGACAAAACACUGUGACAGCUUACUGAAGCCGGGUGUUGGCAGACAGGUAAAAGUGUGAUCCAGUUCCAAUCCACUACAAGCAAACACUAGUGUGAACUAAAUCCAGUUUCGGUGACAAGCGACACUGAAAAGGUGUGUGGAAUACAACUACGCUGAGUGGUGGCGGGUUGACAAAACACUGUGACAGCUUACUGAAGCCAGGUGUUGGCAGACAGGUCAAAGUGUGAUCCAAUUCCAAUCCACUACAACCAAACACUAGUGUGAACUACAUCCAGCUUCGGUGACCAGGCUCGAGGCACAAGCAGGACGACCACAUAGUUGAGUACCAUAGUGAAGUUUGCAAGGACUCGUCAGAUGGAGCACCUCUCUUUCCCGCCGCUGACCCGCUUCGCCGUGUGCGGCGGCACCCACGGCAACGAGAUGACCGGGGUGCACGUGGUGCGACAAAUGAAGAAAAAUAAGGUGGAUAAAGUCGGGCACGCGUCUGUAAUGACGGUGCUUUCGAAUCCUGAGGCUGUGAAAGAAUGUAGACGGUACAUAGAAAAAGAUCUCAAUCGUUGCUUCACAUAUGCUAUGCUGAGUGCACCCUUAGGGCCCUCAUCGACUCACGAGAUGAAGCGAGCUAAGGAGCUGAACGCUCUGCUUGGGCCCAAAGGGAGCCCAGAAGCCGUGGACUUGUUAUGUGACCUCCACAACACCACCUCCAACAUGGGCCCCUGCUUCAUUUUGUCCAACCAAGACUGGAUCGUCAUGCACAUUUGUAAAUACGUACAGAGUAAAGCCUUGAAUUGGCCCGUGGCAUUAAUCAAGAUGGGUGAAGAUGAAUCUCAGACCUACUCACUUGAUACUGUAGGCAAACAUGGCUUCUCGUUAGAAGUCGGCCCUCAACCCACUGGGGUAGUCAGAGCUGACAUCUACAACAUGGUGAAGGAAAUAUUGGAACUCAUCUUUGAAUGGCUACAAAAGUUCAAUUCAGGAUGUAUUUUUGAAGGCGGCCAGUUGGAGGCAUUCAAAUGGACCAAGACCAUCGACUACCCGAGAGAUCCCUCUACCAACGAGAUCACAGCUGCUAUUCAUCCCCAGCUACAAGACAACGACUUCAAACUCCUCCAGCCUGGGGAUCCCAUUUUCCUGACGUUUACCGGGGAGACCGUCACGCACCAGGGAGAGGCGGCCUACCCGUUUUUUGUGAAUGAAUGUGCCUACUACGAGAAGAAGAUUGCCUUCCACUUAGCUGAGAAGAUCAGCAUCAGCAUCCCGUCCAUCAGUAUGGACAAAAGCAUAAGAAUCAAUAAAAAAAACAUUUGAAAUUGUUA